CAAAGGAACGACCGCGAAUAGUCGGUUCAGAGCAUUUGAGUGUGUCACCUCGUGUAACGGCAGCGGCAAUCAAAGAAUAUUUUGUUUAUAUCUUUUGUAUGAUUAACAACGACGUACGUACGCUUUGCGGAGAGUAUGCGCUGCGGAAUAUUCAUAGAAACAAGGCGAUCAGUUCCACAUUCACAACCGUGCCAUUCAGUAAGAACUGCUGACGCUGAGUAGAUAUAUUUUCAGAAAGUUUAAAGUCAUUAUUUAAAAAAGAAAAACAAAAAAAAAAAUCGAAAGAAAACGAAAAUCAAAACAAUAAAAUUUUCUGUAACAACGAACCGUACAAAUCUGCCACACAAUGCUGGACACGAUCGUUUAUAUACCCACAAUAUUGGCGUACGUUUUCAUACUGCUGCUCGUGGUCAUCCUUUGCUUCAUUGUGGUCUACGUUAGCCACAGGAUCUACGUGUGCAUCUACGACAAUCUGCCGGUGGCACAUGCGGCCAUUUCCACCAUAAUGAGCAUGGAGUACAAGGACAAUCUGCCCAGCAGAAGUAACAGCGGCAUCGUCUUGAGUUCGAACGAAGCUCUGCACGAGCGAAAGGCAAAAACAGCGCUGCGAAUAAUUGUCACUCUAGCACCGUGCUACCUAGCCUAUGUGCCUGUAGACACUGAAAAACACGGCAAGUCCACGGAUGAUUUCGAACUGAACGCGGACUAUCAUGAGCACAAAAUGAUAAAAUACUAUGAUCGCUUGUCGCAAAUACCUAUAACAGAUCACAUGUCGUCUUGCGUCAGCGAACGCCAGCUGUAUCCCAGUUCACGCCGGGUAGCCAAGCGCCGAGCAUCGUCGAGAAUUGCAGCAACAACCAGAGAUAACGCGCCCAUAAAGACUGUAGCCACUUCCACCACCAGACUAACGCAAUUUAUCGAAACCGGCAAUAAUUUCAGAGAGGUCGCCGCUUCCAGCCUCUCCGCUCCGACUGUGCGUCCAUCGGUCACGUUCGCGCAUGCCAUGAAUGCGCUCGGCAACAUCAAAAUCAAUCCGCCAGAAGAUCCACUUUAAAGCAUUUGACUGCCUCGCUCGAAGAUAUUUAAAAAAUAUACAAAUUACUUGCAAGACAUACGGACAACAAACACGAAUUUAUACUGCUCGCUUACAGCAACAAUGUGUUUACGAGGUUAAUUACGGUAUAAUGCAGUUGAAAAACUCGUUUCUAUUAUUUCUAGAGCGAGGCAUUUAAGAGCGCUAUGACCACUUAGCGUUUCGUAAAACAGAUUUAAAGGCGUUUCACGCAAUCACACACAUAAACUUAUGUAGAUAUGUACUAUAAUGUAAAUAAUAUUGUAUAUACUUGAGGUGCAUAUGCACGCAUGCAUAUUUAUAAGAGCGUUUAAUGCAUGAAAAAUUUAAUUGUAAUUUACAGUUUAGAUUUUACUCCGGUCGAACACGAAAUAUUGCCCAUCAAAGUCCAACAGACGCAAUCACGGUCAUAUCAGAAUUAAGUUAUACUUAUGAACUACGUUAAAUACACCUACUAAUCACUUGGUAGGACAGUAAUAUGUUAAAAAGGCUUAAGUCGAGAUAAUCUUAUUUUGAUGUUUUGAGUCACACUGAGCCACUUAUUCGAGACUCAUGCUUAGGUUGUAUUUUCUUGGCAUUAGAAAUGAUCAAAUUUUCAGAAAUAGUGCUAAAAGUUUUGUCUACAUGCUCACUAGAAAUUGAAAGCCUAUAUUAACUUGACUUAAGUUAGUUUAACUUAAUGAAAAUAUUGAUUAUUUUGCCAAUAGAUAUCAUUGCAGUAGUAUAUCUGCAGUGCUACCAAUCAAAUUGUGUCAUAUCAUAUAAAAAAAUAAAUACGAAAAGACUUUUUCGACAACCAAAUAUUGUAAAUUCGAGUAAAUGAACUUUAAAGCGCACAAAAUUAGUUACAAUAAUAUUUAAUACAAAAUAUGUUAUCUACAAAUGUACAUAUGAAUAUAGUAUAUAAUGUACAUAGGCUUCCGUACAACUUAAUCUAUGUAAAACAUAUAAAUUACCAAAGUACAUAUCCUCACCUAAAAUGCAAAAUAACGUUAUAUCACUUUUCAUAAGUUUACAAGCGAAAGGAAGACGAUAUAAUAGAAGCCACUAACAUUGAAACAAAAUUUUAGUUUUGGUUAUAAAGUGGUUAUAAAUUGGUUAUAUAUUGGUUAUAUAUUGGUUAAU